AAUAUCGAUAGCGAACUAUUUCGAUAGCACACAGCUGCAACACGUGCAACUGUUUUGUUUUCAUUGCUAUCAUUUUUAACAAUUUAACAGACAGACAAUGAAAAUUCGUAAGAAUCAUGUGCGUAAGCGUUACCGCUACAAUGUCAAUCGGAAAACGAUGAAUAAAACACGAAAAUCCACUGGCAAAAUUAAGGAUCCAGAGAUGAAAAAAUUGUGGCUGGAAGGAAAGCGCGUGGGCACCAAUUUCAGUGAAAUGGGCUUGGCCAGUGAUCCAAACAAGUCGGUGGGCGUACCAAAUUAUAAACGCGAAAGGCUUGAGGCUGUAAAAAUUGUAAAUGGCUUAGCCGAGGAGGCGCUCGACGAGGACGAGCUGGCAGCUCUGGGUUCUAAAAGCGACAAAACAGAGACGCAAAAACCAAAACGGGGGCACGUCGUCCAAGAGCUUGAGCAGAUGGCAAUCGAUCGAAGAUCUGAUCCCGAGUUCAGAUUACCGAAGGGCGUGGUAAAGGAACUCUCAUAUUUCAUUAAUAAGCACAAAUUCAACUAUAAAGCCAUGGUGGCAGAUCGUCGUAAUCAUGGCCAAUGGACCUGGAGGCAAUUCCGUCUGAAAAUACGUAGAUUUAUGUCUAUACCAGAACAGUUUAAUGAAUACCUGGAGCAGAAAAAACUUCCCAUAGAUGUUAAACCAGAUUGGCCAGAAUACGAGUCGGACAGUGAAUGGAAAUAACUGCUAAUGUAUAGAAUAUAGAAGAUAUAAUAUAUAAUAUAUAGAAAAGAAAA